AUGCAUAAAGACCCAAAGACCCCAAGACCCAAAGACUCAAAGACCCCAAGACCACACCCCCCAUUUAUUACCAGAGUAGAAUCAAGAGAGCAGGACAUUGAGAUUAUGACCAAAAAGAGUCAAGGAGCUACUCGAGUCAAAAAGAAUGCUUUUGUCCAUAAGCUAUAUACAAUGUUGAGUGAUCCAAGUCUUGAUAAUUUAAUAUGGUGGAAUAACAACAAUUCUGAGCAAAACACAUUUUCAUUAUAUCCUGGUAAAGAUUUUGCAAAUUGUUUAACUAGGUAUUUCAAACAUGGCAAUGUGGCGAGCUUUGUACGGCAAUUACACAUGUACGGGUUCCACAAAGUUAGUGAUCCCCAUAGCAACAAUCACGGUAGUAGCAGCAGCAGCAGCAGCAGCAGCAGCAACAUUGUCCAUGGCGCCGCGAAUGGAAAUAAUUACAAUCUUGUCGCUGUGGACCUUUACCGUCAUAACAUGAAUUACAAUAAUCCAGACUCGACCCUCGUGAAUAAGGAUGUGUCUCCAGUUUGGGAGUUUAAACAUCUGAGUGGAAAGUUCAAAAAGGGCGACGAAAGCUCACUAAUUUAUAUAAAGAGAAGAUCAAUUGCUAAUAACAAUUCACGAAGUAAUAGCUAUUCUAACGAGAGAUCGUACCAAUUACAACAUCAACCACACAUACAUUCACAGCAGCAGCGUGGUAACUCGCACCCAUCUGCUCAAGCGUAUCAGAGUAAUAGUGAACUGUAUUUUGCGCAAAACUACCCUCAUUCAUCAUUUCCUAAUAGCGCGUUUGUACAACAACAGUUGACCUAUGAUCCACCAACCCAACAGCUAUUUUACUAUCAACAACCACCCCAACAACAGCAACAGCAACAGCAACAACAGCAACAACAGCAACAACAGCAACAACAACAACUACAACAAUUACAACAACAGCAACAGCAACAGCAACAACAGCAACAACAGCAACAACAGCAACAACAACAACAACAACAACAACAACAACAACAACAACAACAACAACAACAACAAAUACGACAAAUACAAUUACAACAGCAGCAGCAACAGCAACAACAACAAUUACAACCACAAUUCUAUAACCUGCAGCCGCCUUCUAUUACUACUCCCUCUUCGCAAAAUUCAUAUAGCUACAAUAGACCCCACGUGAUGUCUCAUCAAGACAAUGUACAAGGGCAACCUUUUCCAGGGUACAACAACAACAACAACAACAACAACCAAAUAUAUCCCUAUCUACACCCUGAACAAACACAACGACCAUAUCUAUCACAAUUUUCUCAAGGGCCAACAUUUUUGCAACAUGAACAAGCGACUAAGGAAAUACCCAAUCAAAAACCACUUAUUAAUCAAUCUUCACCAAGCAGUAUCUCUGAACCACGACAGAAGGAAACCUCAAAUGUUACUGUACAACAAGCGACAGUUUCACCACAAUUGCAGAAGUCUUCGGCAUUACAAGCUCAAACCCCGAUAUCUACUGAAACUCUUGACCGGCAGAAAUCACCUAUCCGUCCAUCUAAACUCCAAUUUAGAAAAGUAUGGCAAGAAAACGGAGCAAGAUAUAGAAACCCAUCAUUGUUAUUUGAUCCGCUAGCUCCAAUCCCGCAAUCAUUGCCUACUUCUGCUACUUCUAGUACUACUACCACUUCUACUAAUACUACUACUACAACAACAAGAGCUACUCCCCCUCCACCACUACCGCCACCACAGCUACCACCGUCAUUUUCUUCUUCUUUGGCUGUCCCACAACUGCAAGAUCUGACAUUUUCCGAAAGGAGUUCCCUCAGUGUAAACAAACCUUCAUCGUCAAUACUAAGACGACCAAGCUCAGUAACCUCAAGAUCGUCGACACUGAUGUCAGUUUUACUGUCUACGCCAAGCACUGUAGAUAUAAAAAACUCCUCGUCAACCCCUUUGCUAGCUCCAAUCCCCAAACAGCAUUGCAAAAUGGACACCACCUCCUCUUCCACUUCCUUACUACCGCCAUCUUACUCGGCUCCGAUCUACUCAUCCCUGGUUCCUAUAGACCCUUCCUCCGCCUUAUCAUCCUCCUCGCCGUCACUACCACAAUUACCACCUCCACCACCAUCAUCAUCAUCCUCAUCAUCAUCAUCAUCUUAUCAAUAUGUUACACUGAAAAAACCGUCCAUUUUAUCAAGCACAAUUCAAGAAAGAUUACGUCCUUCGGUAUUUGAACUCCACUCUUUCCAAAGCAGAACAACACCCUCUUUUACUUCUGCGACCACUGCCACCACCUUCAAUGCGUCUCAAAGAGAUGACAAUAGUAGUGGUAGCAUCAGCAGUGCUAAUAUGAGGAAUCCGAUUGCAAGUGGUUCGAUAGCUUCGCGGUCAUCACAAGCCUCAAUAUUCUCUAACAAAUCCUCAUCAAUAUCAUCAGCCACGUCGUCAUUCCCAGGCCGUGCAUCAUCAUAUGGCUCGAUUGCUUAUAGCAAAAAGAAUUCCAUAUCUAUAGCACCGCAUGAACAAAUAUCCCUGUCCUCAAUAGAAGAUAGUAUACAACCACCACAGGCUCAAACCCAAUCUCAAACCCAAUCUCAAUCUCAAUCUCAACCACAACCAUCACCACCGUCAUUGUCAUCAUCAUCAUCGUCACCAAUGCAAAGUGUCUCUCAUCAACAACAAUCAUAUUUUAGUCAGUCCCAUGCUACGACAACUGCAGAUACUAAUAAUAUCUCCUCUACCCAAACGGGACCUACUUGCAUAAUGGGACAAUCCCUGAGACUAAAAACUCCUAUUCAAAAUAGAUCAAAUUUGCCAAAUCUGAAUGACCCAGUACCACUUCCUGCCUUUAGUACUGCUGUUGCUUCAGGAACCACAUCUGGGAAUAGCAAUGGCGGUGGCAAUAGUCACGGAACUAGCCUUUCCAAACCUCUUUUGAAUAAGAAAGUUUCUGUGACUUCAUUGCUCGACGAUAAUUCAAACAAUGUGGAGCCUCAGCUAAAUGAUGCUGGAUUGCAGAAUCGUGGUAAAUCUGAAGCAGUAGUUGGGGGUCAACAAGGUCAAGACUUGGAGAAUAAGGUCGCACCAAUAUAUCUAUCGUCUCUGAUUCGAGAAGAGGAAGCGACCUCCUUAUCUAGCCAGGAGGGUGAAAAGGAAAAAGAUAUAAAGAGGAUGAGAGUAGAGUAG